UGUUGCGUGCGAUAAAGACAUCGCGAGCUGUUCUUGCGAUGGUUGUCUGAGUUCUGAAAUAUGUAUUUAUUUCUCUUGGCCUACAUUGGUAACAUCUACCUAGGUAUCUACAUAUGUACUUACACAUACCUAGGUAGGUUACAGGUACAUAGUAGGUAGGGCAGGAGUUGUGGUCGGGUACCUAAGUGGAUCACAUUACAUGUAUUUGUUUUGACGGGAUCGCAGCUCAAUAAUCUUCGAUAACCAGUCGCGGGUUCCUUUAUCCCCAACAACACAGCAUCUUGGCUAUGACGAAGCUUAGCGGGACACGAGAGGCGGGCAAGGCCGAUUCCUGGUACGAAGGGGAUCCCGAUGUCUUGUCGAGUGAGCUAGACAGCUAUCUUAGCGACGUGCCAGCUUCUAUCAACAAUAAGAAUCUUCCCAUACCCGGCGCCAAAGUCAUAAUAGCCCCGCACGCAGGAUACUCAUACUCAGGUCCAUGCGCCGCCUGGGCCUAUAAAUGUCUCGAUCUUAGCAGAGCAAAGCGAAUAUUUCUCCUCGGUCCCUCCCACACCUACUAUCUACGUGGAUGUGCCUUGACCAAGUACGCCCGAUAUGCGACGCCGUUUGGCGAUCUGACCAUCGAUGAACCGAUCGUGCAGAAACUACGGGAGACGGGCAAGUUCCAGGACAUGCCAACGCACAAUGAAAAUGCAGAGCAUUCUCUCGAGAUGCAUCUACCUUACAUACACAAGCGUAUCACCCAGACCUUCCCCUCGGAAGACCAAUACCCUACGCUCGUGCCCAUCUUGGUAGGCGACAACAAGGGGCUGGAGGAGAAGCAAUUCGGGACCUUGCUAGCCCCUUACCUGCAAGAUCCGGAUAACGUUUUUGUAGUGAGCUCCGACUUCUGCCACUGGGGCGACCGAUUCAGCUACACCGCUUAUGCGCCGGGAAGCGACGUGAGUAACCUCACAUCUUUGACGUAUAGGACGCGCAAGCCCGCGGACCCGCCAAUCCAUGAGAGCAUCAAGCUGCUUGACCAACUGGCCAUGGACGCCAUUGCUGGCGGCCAUCACGACGAGUUUGUCGACAACCUCAGGAAGACCAAAAACACGGUCUGCGGAAGACAUCCUAUAGGCGUGACCAUGGCCGCGCUGGAAGAGCUGGCACAGGGGGCUUCCGAUCCGGAUAAGUACAGGUUCGAGUUUGUGCAGUAUCAACGGAGCAGCUUGGUGGAGGUGUACUCAGAUUCGAGCGUGAGUUAUGCGUCUGCGUAUGCGAUUGUCUGAGAGUGGCGUUGUGAAUCUACAGAUUUAGUCUCCUGCCGGCAGGAACCCUCGUGUUCGUGUUCGAGCAUGUUGAGAAUGAUCUAGCUUCUGAUUGCUACUGAAAACAUGAGCCUAGCUCAUCAUGAUCGUAGCCGCUGUGUAUUUAACACCCUAAUUGCCGAAGUAGAGGUAGGGUCUGGUAGGGCUAUCCUUUAUGAGAUCUUAGAGUGGAAAAGAAGCUUAGAGUGCCCCCAUGUGUUUUAGCGUCUUUCUUCACUCUGAAGCGCAUUUCGCACGAGACAAUCUCCUUUCUCGGGGCGACUAGUCUACAAGCAAGGCCGUGUACACGCAGAGAUAAAUUCAGACGACGAAAAUAAGCAGCCAUAGCACAUGCAUAUACAAGAUCAUCGGCAUAGAUCGACGCUCGUUCUCCGACACUUAGUCCCGCAGGCACGAUUUAUCUGGAUGCCUGGGAAAGUGCCUCUAGGUAGAUGUAAGUUAGCGCAUGUAAGCGAUGACAAGCACCACAUCAAAUACCUACAUGCUGGGUUCGAUGGGGGCAUAUCUCGUUGUAGCAGCGCCAAUGAACAGCAUGAUAAAACGUCUGCCUGCCGAUGCGCGGAUGGGGUUGGG